CAAUUCCAUUCAAGACACAUAGAUUAACUACGGAAUAGCUGCGGAUACCUAGAACCAGACUUGAAAAAUCCCGCCCUCUGGUGCUUCCUUGAGGGAAGGCCAGAGAGUUUUUACAACUGCUGUUAGCCUGGCAUUGUAGCACUCGCCGUUUGUCCCAGCAGUCGGGAAGCAGAAGCCGCCGCAUCUCUGCGAGUUUAAGACCAGCCUGGCUUACAAAGCAAGUUACGGGCUAGCCAAGGCUACAUAAUGAGACCCUAUCUCAAAAAGGGGGGCGGAAGAGGCGGUACGGGAGUGGCUGUUAGGUGGCUCCGUGGCUGCUCUGUCAGAGGAUCUAGGUUUGUUUCCCAUUCCUUGUGGCACCUCACUGCAGUCUGUAACUCCAGUUCUAGCGGAUGUGAUCCUCUUUUCUGGCCUCCCAGGGUACCACGAAAGCGUGCGGAGCCCAGACUUAUAUGCAAAACACCCAUACACACGAAAGAAAAAGUUAAGAAAUCUUUUUUUAAAAGAUUCAUUUAUUAUAUGUAAGUACACUAUAGCUGUCUUCAGACACACCAGAAGAGGGCAUCAGAUCUCGUUACAGAUGGUUGUGAGCCACCAUUGUAGUUGCUGGGAUUUGAACUCAGAACCUCAGGAAGAGUAGUCAUUGCUCUUAACCACUGAGCCAUCUCUCCAGCACAAGAAGUCUUUUUAAAACGCAUAUCCUCGCUCUCCAUCCUACUAAUUCUUCCAAUAAAUGGUCAGAAGAGACCUUCUUUCUCUUAGUUGUCGUGAGAAACAUUUUAAAAGAUUUGGGGGACCAGUCCCAAUUUUUAAUAUUGGUGGACUGAGGGGAAAAGGUAAUGGGGAGAAGACGAUUGUUUGCUUGCUUAUUGUUUUUUCUGGUUUUUCUCAGGAUACUAGCUAGCCCUGUUCUGACGCGAGGCAGGUGGCCAAUAUUUGAGACAAUGAAUGAAAUUCAAGGUUCUGGCUACGUUCAACGAGUUGGCUACGUUCUGUUGGCACUAGAUAGAGAUGCUUGCGAAACAGAAGGUAAGCCUAAGCAGUUCCCUGGUGGACACAAGCCGGUGGUCUCAGUUCUUCAGAAAAUACGAGGUUGGGUCGCUGCCGGAAGUUGCUCAGUCCAAGGCAACAACAGGGACGAAGUUUUCUCCCUGUUCCCUCGACUUUGCGCUGAAGGAGUCAAGUUAAAGAAGGAUUCAUUGGCAUUGCAUUCCCAGGAAGGAGAAGAAAAAGAAGUCUCUCGUCAGUUUACGUGAAGCCCCUGAGCCAUGAACGCGCUUCUGAAAAUGACCCCUCCCAGGAGCCGUGGGCGUGACGUCAUCGCGGCGCGACGUCAAAGCCUUAAGCACCAGCUCUGGGGCACAGAUUGCUGACCCUCACUCCUUCGCCCAGUGGUACUGUCAUCGCCUCUGACCCCCUUCUAUCGCGAUGGACAACCUUGGGGAGUCGCCCACGGACAAAGCCGGGGAGCCAGGGGAGUCAGAGGAGACGAGGGCUACUCCUGGGGCCCCGGUGUCCGCCGACACUGAGGGAAUCCCGGAGGAAACCGACCAGGUUGGAGACGCGGACUCGAAAGAAGCCGCAGCGGAGGAAAGCGAGCUCAAGAGUCAGGAUGUCUCAGACGUAACAGCAGCUGAGAGGGAAGACCCAUCUUUACUUACUCCUGCAGCCAAAAAGCUGAAAUUAGACACCAAGGACAAGAAGGAGAAGAAGCAGAAGGUGGACGAAGACGAGAUUCAGAAGAUGCAAAUCCUGGUCUCGUCUUUCUCUGAGGAGCAGCUGAACCGUUAUGAAAUGUAUCGCCGGUCAGCUUUCCCUAAGGCGGCCAUCAAGCGGCUGAUCCAGUCCAUCACUGGCACGUCUGUGUCCCAGAAUGUUGUCAUUGCCAUGUCUGGGAUCUCUAAAGUUUUUGUCGGGGAGGUGGUAGAGGAGGGUGAGUGCCGUCGGUCCCCCUCAUGGGGACCACGUUCCCAAGGCUGUCCCCACCAAGGCACGUUAGGGUCCCCAAGGUGGCCUUGUCUUGAGGAGAACAUCACUGAUUUUAUUAUUGGGUGUGUGGAGCUGGAGGGAGGGGGUGAGACCACCUAGGAAAUCCCUUUCCUUAGCCCAGGGUGACAGAGACAACUCUGUAUUUUUCAUCAGCAGACCUUGUUUCAAAAGCAAUGCCUUGAUAGCAAGGCCCUGCUGGGAGCUCUCCCUGCCAGGGAGAGAGCUUCUCAUUGCUAAUCUCUGGCUUGUGGUAUAUAGUACAGUCCCUGCAGGAUAUAGUAAAAGCCAGCGAGAAGUACUUUGUGACAUCCUUUUCUCUUUUGGGGGGGUGGGGUAGGGCUGGUGCUUUUUGAGACAGGCUUUCUGUUUAGCCUGGCUGGCAGUUUUAGAACUUGGUCUGUAGACCAGGCUGGCCUCAAACUCACAGAGAUCCACCAUCUCUGCCUCCCAAGGGCUAGGAUUAAAGGCGUGCAACACCACGCCUUCUCUUAAGUUUCUUCAGCAAACUUCACAAAAGACAGAAUUAAACUGGAAUCGUGAUUGUAAUCUUGUGAUGAUAUUGUUUCCUUCCCCCACACUAGCCCUGGAUGUGUGUGAGAAAUGGGGAGAAAUGCCACCCCUGCAGCCCAAGCACAUGAGGGAGGCCGUCCGGAGGUUGAAGUCCAAGGGGCAAAUCCCCAACUCAAAGCACAAGAAAAUCACCUUCUUCUAGAUCUAACGGAGACUGUUGCAGGCUCAUCACCGCUGGGCUUCUGUGCUGAGGCGUUGUUGGCGGCGUGCCAGGACGCAUGAUGCUGACUUUAAUGUUUCUGUUCCACCUGCAAGGCAUGCAGUGGGACUCAGACUUCAGUCAGUCACAGACUAUCCUCGGGCAUGGUGAAGACUCUUUGCUAGUUUGAAGAAAUAUACAGGGGCCAUUAGUAUCUUCUGGAGAGGGAGGUGGUUUCAGAGAAAAACAAGAGACUCUAAUGGCUUCACAUUGAAGCCUAAAGUUGCUAAGAUUCAGGUUGUUUCUUGCUCUGGAUUUCGAAACAUAAACUUGCAAUCAUCUGCCGUGUAGUAUUUCAGGUUCUCCUGUGUAUUGUGUGAGGGAUCGGUAAACUUUUCCAACCUGUAGGAAAGUUUAUUUUAUUUUGUUGAAGACAAAACUCAUUGUUCUUCCAAUAAAACUUGGUUUGUUUUUU